GAGUAUCGAUGCGAUUAAGAAAUGCUGAGUGAGCUUAGCUGCACGAAAAUCUCGAUAGAAAGCUCAAAUGAUUGAAAUAUCACUAUCGAAAUCCGUGCGAGGUUCAAGUUCAAGUCGUCGACAAUGCCGCCUUGUCUUCACACGUUACAAACACGUUACAACAGCUCUAAUUGUCAAUAUUUUUCCCUGUUAUUUUCUUAACCUUCCUUCCUUCUUCCUUAAUCUUCGUGUCAGAGUGGUGAUUUAACAUAAAAAUAUUUGCGAGAAUUCCGAGCUGGCAAAUUGCGGAGAACUUCAUUUUACGAACAUUCGAUAUUUUAUUUAAUAACCUAUUUGGCGAAUAUCAUACGCUGUUACGAUAACAUUAUCACCUUACGUGGCAUGAGUGACGAUUGCGAAACUGCACUAACUGAAACAGGUAAGGACGAAAAAUGUGACGAAGUUAUUUCUUCUAGAAAAAUGUUUAUUGUUAUAUCAAUUACAUUUCCGUAUAGAAAAAAAAGCAACUUAAUGGGACGCAUUAUCUAAAUUUGACGUUACACAAUAAUUGUGGUAAAUCUGCAUUUGAGAAAUGAGUUUUCUUAAGUUGGAAAAAUAUACACUUGAAAUUUGCAAAUUUAAUGCAGGAUGGGGUAUCUGGCAUUACUUCGUCGUCGCUUUGUGCGGCUUACUGUCGCUUGCGGAAGCAAGCACUUCUCUGACCGUCCCCACUGUAGCACCGCUGAUAGCGUGCGAUUUAAAGCUCAAUAGAGAUCAAGCCACGAUGCCCAUCGCUACUUCCAGUUUCGGAAUGGCAGUAGGUGCUUUUCUGUUUGGAACUAUAUCAGACGUUGCAGGCCGUAGAAAGUCAAUCCCGAUUACUACGGGCAUCGUGUUUUGUGCUUCGGCUACUCUUUCCUUCGCCCAAGCUCAUUUUUUAAUAAACCUGUCGGUGUUCAUGUUAGGGUUGGGAGUGGCCGGAAAUAAUAUCGUCUUGAGAGUUUAUCUUAUCGAGUGCCUACCGAUGAGAAAGAGAGGAACUUGUUUAGCUGUAAUCGACAUGUUCUGGAUGGUCGGCUAUUUAUCAGCCUUGGGUGUUUCCUGGUCCAUGAUGCCGUCCGUUAUACGCAUUCUGCGCCAGCAAUUCCGGCCGAGUUCCUGGCGAGUACUCGUCAUCGUCUGCGGCAUGCCGAGCCUGGUGAUCGCCUGCAUCUCGGGUCUCCUACCGCCGAGUCCUCGGUACUCGUUGCACCGUCGACGGACGAGACAAGCGCUCAAGGUGCUCCAACAGAUGUACGCCAUCAACACCUCGACACACGCCAACACCUACCCGAUCAGGGACUUGAGCGACUGCGUGCGUCCAGAUGACGAAGAUGAACAUGGUAGCAUUCGAAGGUACUUCACGAAAACCUGGAAACGGGUCCACAGAGUGUACAAGCCUCCGUACAAGCGUAUAACACUGUGUGGAAUGUUAGCGUGUCUUCUGCAUUUUCCCGGAUUCACUUGGCUCGCUCUGUGGAACACGCACGUUCUCCAGGAAAUUGGAAGCGACCACGUCGUAAGCGGGAACGGCACUUGCAACAUCAGCGUCCAGAACAUGGCAUUGGAUUUUGUACGAAGCUGCGACGAGGUGAACGAGGCUCGUUUCGGGCUGCUGUCGCUGGUAUCGUUGGGCUACGUGCUGGGAGAGACGUUGCUCAUCGUUGGAAUCGAUGUCGUUGGCAGAAGGCCGUACUUAAUAUUCUCGGGACUGGCGGGUGGCGUGGCCUCGCUCGCGCUUAUUUUUCGGUUGCACCACGCAAUCCGUGUAACUCUGUCGUCGAUUUUCCUGGCCGCUUACGCUAUCGGGCGCACGACGACGUGCGUUUUGCUGCUGGAAAAUUAUCCCACCGCUCUGAGAGGCACGGCGAUGGGUCUGACGAGGAUACUUCCCCACUUGACGAUUUUCGCGCUGCAGCUCUUCCUCAGAACGACCUGCCUGCUAAGUAUAAUCAUCGCGUCGACCAGCUUGAUGGGUGCGGCGAUCGUGAUGCUACUUGUGCCCGAUUUAACCAGAUUACCGAUGAAGGAAUAGACGAUACCUCCAGAUCUACGUAGCGGAAGAUGUACUCUCUCUGGCGCCGCGACUGCGUUUUCCUCGAAUAAAAUUGGACCACGGAACAGAAAGGGAACAUUUUGCGCGCAAUUGACAACGAAUCCUCACUCCAGAGAAGCUCCAGUUCUUGCUCUCAAGCGAAACGUUUAAAAAAUGCUUCUCCCUCUUCAGGGCGAAGUAGUAGAGAACCUACUGAAAACUUCGUAUUCUGCUUAUAAAGCACUUUUCUUGUGUUUCUCGAAACAUAUUGUUUCGUCCCGUGUACCCUUUCCGUUCUAAGCGAUUCAAUUUUACUUUAAGCGUAUCCCCCUUCACCUUCCAAGAUCCAUCAGCGUUGAGGAAUUUGUUAAAUCGCGGGUGUCUUUAAGUCGGAGCUUAGAGCAUCAAUUUAAUAUCCCGCCAGGGGAGGCCUUCGUACGAGAUCUUAUUCUACAUUUCCCUAAUGGAGCCGGAAUUCUUAGCGAUCGCGAGACUCUCCGCGGGGUUCUUUAUCGCGCGACGGGGCGAAAGUAGCACGGCGUGGCUUUAUGAUCGGUAGCGUCAUUCCGCGCGCGGCGCUUAUAAAUAAGGACCGUACGGUCGCGUCUUCCCGCCGCCUUCCCGUCUAUUUUCGACGGGAACAGGAAGAACGCUCGCGCACGCGAGCGGUCGCGCAUGCCCGCCUCCCGACGCGAGAGAGACGCCCGUCUCGGCGUCGCGACGCCUCUGCGACUCGCGUGCGUGUACCCGAUACACACACGCGCGCAUCCGCCGUAAAUACGCGCGGCGAAUGUGCUCGUCACCGAAAAUAAUUCGGCGCGCUAUCGCCCGAGUCUCGAGACGCGCGGCGUCCGACGAGCGGCUUCUCGCUCUCGCAGCCGAGGAGGCGACCUCGCGAGGUCGCGCGAGCGGAUUCCCGUCGCUUCGGAGGACGUCGCGAGGGCGAGGCGCGAGUGCGACGGGAACGCGAAUCUGCGAUUUCAAUCGGCUCCGGGUCGGAUGCGCGAAAAUAGAAAGGAGAGAAGACGUCGGCUCUCCCGCGUGGACGUAAUCGCGGCCGAUUAAUCGAGACGCUCCGUCAAGAGAGUUCAAUACUACGGUAACGUUGGUGUACGUGGUUGGUGAAAAGUAAUACAUUUCCAGUUUGUAUCGGCCACAUUUUGGACGGACAAGCCCUACCGAUGGAAUGAAUUUUGGGGGCAAAAAUUAAAAAACCGGGACAAUCGGGGUGUAGCGUCGCACUCAUCUCGCGCGUCCGGAUAAAGCGACGUGGAAGAAAUUCGGGUGGGACAAAGGAGUCGUGCUCCGCGUAAAACAAAGACGCUUUUUUUCACUAUAUAAAUAGACACUUAACCAGGAGCAGUUUAAUCACGUCGCAGCGAAUGCUACAGUGAGAUCUAGUGAACUCUUCUAAUAUAUUAAAACCGAAUGUCGCGUUUAAUCGGGUUAAAAAGAGACGAGCUAAGGAACAUGAUGAAGCGAUCACGCCAAGACCUACAGAAAGCGUAAAUCGUGGCGAAGAGCGGCCUCAGUGGCAAAUAAAUAAAGAAAGGAAUCGAUGUUUCUUCUUUAUACUUUCGGCGCUUUUCCGGUUCUUACGGCAAGGGGGAAAAACGCGUCGGGGAGACGACGUUAGUGCAUUCGAGCCCAUUACCGCGCGUUCGCUUCCCAUAAUAUUUAUACGAUCGGAUGUUUACGGGAGGAAUCAACACUUCGCUUGUACCACCAAUUUAUAGAUCGCAUUUCCGUCUACCGGGGCGUACAGAAACAAAUCUGACGAAGAACAUUUAUUAUGGUGCAAACAUUUCGACGAGAAUGUUCGGAUCUCUUCGAGUAAACCAGAGUAAACGAAAUAUACCGGUGGCAUAAAAGAAUACGUAAUAAAAUUUUAACCAAAAACGCUUGAUUCUCAUAAUAAUGACGAA